CAACCACCUCGCCCACCUCGCCCACCUCGCCGGCAACCACCUCGCCCACCUCGCCCACCUCGCCGGCCACCAUCUCUCCCCGUCGCCGCCAUCUUUCUCCCGCCUCCACUCGCACCCCACAACACUCACAUCCCACAUCCGAGGUCAAAGCUUGGAUUUUUGCACCGGCGGCGAGCUUCUGGGCGACGGAGGCGCUGGAUCCGCGUGCGCCACCGCUUGAUCUGCGUGCACCUGCUCUGGAUCUGGCGACAGAGACGGUGGAUGCGGUGCAGAGGUGAGCUUCUGGGCGACGGACGCACUUGACACAGUUGGUCGUUGCUGCCAGGAAGAAGAAGGGCAAAGGGGAUGGCCGCCGACGCCGCGUACGCGAAGCUGGUGCUGCUCGCCUGCAACGGCGGCGUCGGCGUCCGCGCUGCACCUGCUGCAGUGAGGGGGGUUCGGCCGGGGCCGCGUCGUGGCCGGGCUCGUCUCCCCGCUCCCGCGCCACUCCACGCACCAACACCAGCGCCGCCUCCGCCGCGUGCUCGCCGUCGCCACCGAGCCCAGGCCCCCUCCCUCGCCGCCGGCCCCACGCACCGGCAGGACCAGGGCCAACACCAUCCAGUCCACCAGGUUCGGGGACGUGUCCAAGGAGAUCAAGCGGGUGCGGAAGCAGAUGGAGGAGGACGAGCAGCUGGCCUCCCUCAUGCGCGGCCUCCACGGCCAGAACCUCCGCGACGACAAGGCUGCAUGUGAAAGAAAGCGAACUUGAGCCAAGGUGAUGGUGAUGGAAAUGAAUGAAAGAAAGAGAAGCUGGUAAGGAUGCCUACCACAAAGAUGAGCAGAGAGCAGGGGAGUUCACUGGAAUGGAGCCGCUGGUGGCCUGGCCGUAGCCGUGGAGGAGGUGGGGGCGGAGGAGGAGUUGAGCGCUGGCCAGGGUCAGGCGGGGCAGGAGGUGAGCGCUGGCCUGGAGGAGCCCGGCGGAGAAGCAGAGGCGACGAGGG